ACAAAGCGGAUACUUGUUUUUAGGCUCAUAUACAUGUAGCCUAUAAAAGAAAAUCUCCCAAGUUCGGAAGAUUAUGAUGGAAUCUAGAGAAGGGAGAAGAAUGGUUUCCAUCAUCAUGGAAAAGUGCUGAUGAUCCUGGCCAAGGAGAGUACUCUUUCAAAAUAGACCGCAGAGGAUUUCCACAAGCAGUUCUUUUGAAGGGGACCACUAUAAGCACUAGAUUUGGUCCAUGGAAUGGCUUUUACUUUUCAGGGUCUUUGAUUGAUUCACGUAGUCCAGAUGUUCAAAUUGAGUAAAAAAGAAACAUUUUCUCAGUUCCAGGCUCUAAAGAAAUCUCUUUCCUACAGAUUUUGGGUGACCACCAAGAGGAACGCGUUGGUUUCUCUUUGGGAAAGUCAAGUCAGUGACUGGCACACUCUCUAUACUCAACCAUCAUCCCCGUGUGAAUAUUAUGGGAAGUGUGGAGCAAAUAGCGUUUGCAAUGCGAACAAUCCUAGGUGCACAUGCUUGGAUGGAUUUGUUGCACACAUCAAUCGGUCCAUGGGUUGUGUUCGAACCAUUCGCUUGACUUGUAACAAAGACGGGUUCAGGAGGUACACAGGCAUGGUUCUUCCCGAUACAUCCUCAUCUUGGUAUGAUAGAAACUUGAAUCUACAGCAAUGUAAGGAUCUGUGUUUGCAAAACUGUUCAUGUACGGCAUAUGCAAAUUUGGAUAUAAGUGGUGGAGGAAGUGGCUGCUUGCUUUGGUAUCAUGAUCUCAUUGACUUGAGGCAUUACCCACAAGCUCAAGGGGGGCAGGACAUUUAUAUACGAUACUCUGAUUCAGAGCUAGAUCACAGUCACAAAAAUGGUUUAAGCAAGAGGAAGAUUGAAGCCAUCAUCAGUUGCUCUACCACAUUCGUCAUGUGCAUGAUACUAGGAUUGGCCAUAUGGUUAUGGAAAAGGAAGGUCGAAAUGGAAGGGAUGAAAAAAAUAUUUCAUCAAAGUCGUCACAACUCUAAACUAAGGAAGGAAGAGCCGGACUUACCAGCAUUUGACUUGCCUUUCAUUGCUAAAGCCACUGAUAACUUCUCAGACGCUAACAAACUAGGAGAAGGUGGUUUUGGACCAGUGUACAAGGGUACUCUAAUAGAUGGACAAGACAUAGUUGUGAAACGGCUUUCAAACACCUCCGGUCAGGGUAUGGAAGAAUUUAAAAAUGAAGUUGCACUGAUUGCCAGACUUCAACACCGUAAUCUUGUGAAGCUUCAUGGUUAUUGCAUUCAAGAGGAAGAAAAAAUGUUGAUAUAUGAAUACAUGCCCAACAAGAGCUUGGACUACUUUAUUUUUGAUGAAAUUAGAAGCAAAAUAUUGGAUUGGAGUAAGCGAUUCCAUAUUAUUGGUGGCAUUGCUCGAGGGCUAGUGUAUCUUCAUCGAGACUCUAGAUUGAGUAUUAUUCACCGAGAUUUGAAAGCCAGCAAUAUUCUACUGGAUGAAAAUAUGAAUUCUAAAAUAUCAGACUUUGGCCUUGCUCGCACAUUAUGGGGAGAUCAAGUAGAUGCUAACACUAACAAGAUUGCCUGGACAUAUGGAUACAUGCCUACCGAAUAUGCUGUACAUGGGCAUUUCUCAAUGAAAUCCGAUGUGUUUAGUUUUGGUGUCAUGGUGUUAGAAAUAGUAAGUGGGAAGAAAAACAGAGAUUUUUCUGAUCCAGAACACUUUCUAAAUCUUCUUGGACAUGCAUGGAGACUCUGGACUGAAGGAAGGCCAACAGACCUGAUGGAUGCAUUUUUAUGUGAAAGAUGCACUUCUUCUGAAGUUAUUCGAUGUAUACAUGUAGGUUUGCUAUGUGUGCAACAAAGACCAGAAGAUAGGCCUGAUAUGUCAGCUGUGGUUCUGAUGUUGAAUGGUGAUAAAUUGUUGCCACAGCCAAAGGUGCCUGGUUUUUACCACGGAAGUGACAAAGCAUAUUUGUCUGGAAAGUUCAAAUCAUUCUCUUACAAUGAUGUUUCCCUAACAGUUUUAGGGGCAAGAAUCCACACAUGCACACUGUUUAUCUUGGCCCUCAAUGCAAAUCUGGUGCAUCGUUGUGGGUGUUGCUGGUUCGAGAUUGUGAAUUUCGAUGAUGACGGAAGGAGCAAGCAAUGGAAGGAUGUUGUACCUACAAGAGUCGAAACCGUGUGCGGUGUGCAUUGGGUGAACAGUGAACACCAUGUUGCCGGGUUUGGUGUAAUUAUCGGAAAUAAUCCAUCCGAAAGAAAAAAAAAAAUGCAAAACUUGAGAACACAAUGGUUUUGGUUUUUUCUGUUCUGUUGUAUAUCAAGAACCUCCACUUCACUAGAUAGUAUAGCUCCAAAUCAAUCCAUCAGUGAUGGAGAGACAUUAAUUUCACAUGAAAAAACCUUUGAACUUGGAUUCUUCAGCCCUGGAAGCUCAAAGAGCAGAUACUUGGGUAUUUGGUACUACAACAUAAAUCCUCGAACAAUGGUUUGGGUUGCCAACAGAGAAGCACCACUCAACACUACAUCAGGAGUUCUAAAACUCAGUGAUCAAGGUCUUGUUCUUGUUAAUGGAACAAAUAACAUUGUGUGGUCUUCCAACAUGUCAACCACAGCAGAGACAGAGAACACAAUUGCGCAGCUAUUAGACUCAGGAAACCUUGUUGUGAAAGAUGGGAAUAGUGAGCAUGAGCACUAUCUUUGGCAGAGUUUUGAUCAUCCAUGUGAUACAUUAUUGCCUGGAAUGAAGCUUGGUUGGAAUCUAGAGAAGGGAGAAGAAUUGUUUCUAUCAUCAUGGAAAAGUGCUGAUGAUCCUAGUCAUGGGGAGUACUCUUUCAAAAUAGACCCCAGAGGAUGUCCACAAGCAGUUCUGUGGAAAGGAACCAAUUUAAGCAAUAGAUUUGGGCCAUGGAAUGGCCUUUACUUUUCAGGGUCUUUAAUUGAUUCACAAAGUCCAGGUGUCAAAGUUGAUUUCGUUUUGAAUAAAAAAGAGAUAUAUUAUCAGUUCCAGGUUCUAAAUAAAUCUCUUUCCUACAGAUUUUGGGUGACCCCUAAUAGGAAUGCCUUGGUUUCCCUUUGGGAAAGUCAAAUCAGCGAUUGGCUGAUUCUCUAUUCUCAACCAUCAUUCCCAUGUGAAUAUUAUGGGAGGUGUGGUGCAAAUAGCAUUUGCAAUGCGGGCAAUCCUAGAUGUACAUGCUUGGAUGGAUUUUUUAGACACAUGAAUUCGUCCAAGGAUUGCGUUCGAACCAUUCGUUUGACUUGCAACAAAGACAGGUUUAGGAAGUAUACAGGAAUGGUUCUUCCUGACACAUCUUCAUCUUGGUAUAAUAAAAACAUGGUUUUAGAGGAAUGUGCGGAAAUGUGUCUGCAAAACUGUUCAUGUACGGCAUAUGCAAAUUUGGAUAUAAGUGGUGGAGGAAGUGGCUGCUUGCUUUGGUAUCAUGAUCUCAUUGACUUGAGGCAUUACCCACAAGCUCAAGGGGGGCAAGACAUUUAUAUACGAUACUCUGAUUCAGAGCUAGAUCACAGUCAGAAAAAUGGAUUGAGCAAGAGCAAGAUUGCAUCCAUCGUGACUGGCUCAACCAUGUUCGUCGUGUCUAUGAUACUCGGAUUGGUCAUAUGGUUAUGGAAAAGGAAAGUCGAAAUGGAAGAGAUGAAAAAACAACUUUACCAAAGCCAUCACAACUAUAAUCUAAGGAAGGAAGAGCCGGAUUUACCAGCAUUUGACUUGCCUGUCAUUGCUAAAGCCACUGAUAACUUCUCAGACACUAACAAACUGGGAGAAGGUGGUUUUGGACCAGUGUACAAGGGUACUCUAAUAGGUGGGCAAGACAUAGCUGUGAAACGGCUUUCAAACAACUCUGGCCAGGGUUUGAAAGAAUUUAAAAAUGAAGUUGCAUUGAUUGCAAAACUUCAACACCGUAAUCUUGUGAAGCUUCAUGGUUAUUGCAUUCAAGAGGAAGAGAAAAUGUUGAUAUAUGAAUACAUGCCCAACAUGAGCUUGGACUACUUUAUUUUUGAUGAAAUUAGGACCAAAUUAUUGGAUUGGAGUAAGCGUUUCCAUAUUAUUGGUGGCAUUGCUCGAGGGCUAGUGUAUCUUCAUGAAGACUCUAGAUUGAGGGUUAUUCACCGAGAUUUGAAAACCAGCAAUAUUCUACUAGAUGAAAAUAUGAAUCCCAAAAUUUCUGACUUUGGCCUUGCUCGCACAUUAUGGGGAGAUCAAGUAGAUGCUAACACCAACAAGAUUGCUGGGACAUAUGGAUACAUGCCUCCUGAAUAUGCUGUACAUGGGCAUUUCUCAAUGAAAUCCGAUGUCUUUAGUUUUGGUGUCAUGGUGUUAGAAAUAGUAAGUGGGAAGAAAAACAGAGAUUUUUCUGACCCAAAUCACUGUCUGAAUCUUCUUGGACAUGCAUGGAGACUAUGGACUGAAGGAAGGCCUACAAACUUGAUGGAUGCAUUUUUAGGUGAAAGAUGCACUUCAUCUGAAGUUAUUCGAUGUAUACAUGUAGGCUUGUUAUGUGUGCAACAGAGACCAAAUGAUAGGCCUGACAUGUCAGCUGUGGUUCUAAUGCUGAAUGGUGAAAAAUCGUUGCCACAGCCAAAGGCUCCUGGCUUUUACAAUGGAAGGGACAAAGCAGAUUUGUUUGGACCAUUUUCUAACAAUGAUGCUUCCCUAACGGUUUUAGAGGCAAGAUAAAAAUGAAGGCUAAAGAAAAUGCAAAGGUUUAUAGGUAUAAAUUAUAUGCACAUUUAUUGUAUUUUGCUUGACCCACUAUAUCUUGAUGCUAUGGGUUUUUCUGACAUCUUUCUGUUGUCAUCACUCCUCAACAUGUACUUGUUGUAUAUCUAGUGUCAUUGAGAUAGACUCCCUUGGUAUGAGAAAAUUUAUUCUAAUCCUACAUGACUGUUUUUGUCUUUAAAGAAGCAAAAAGUUAUGGAAAACUUAUGACAAGAAUGGAGGUUACAAGACAACUCUAUUAUGGUGUAUCAAUGAGUUGUUUGAAGCUUCUAUAUUGGUUAAUAAUUAUUUAUUGUAUUCAUGGCCCCUCCUUAGUGACCAUUGUAAUGGUUCAUGGCCCUUUAUCA